CUCUCCUUUAUUUUCUCAUCCAAUUGUUAUUUCCUCUCUUUCUCGAUCUCUCGUUUUUGGAUUUCGAUAAUACGAAUAGAGGAAGAUAAAUUAGGGUUUGCUUCGAUAUCGAUUGAUUUCGCGCCACAGAGAAGAGACGUUCCGUAGGUUUGUCUGAAUCAUUAGGUUGUAUUAGUCCUCCUGUCCGUAUCCUCGCCCGUGUCCGUUUUUUGCUGUUUAAACCGAUUCGAUCUGAGAAAAGAAAAGAAAAAAAACGAUGCCGAGAUAUUUCACAUGCCCACCGCCCGUGUAUGCGAGGAACUGGGCCAACGGUCAGAACUUGGUCGAAUCGACUAAGAUCGAAAGACCGAUUAUCGCGUCUAAGAAGGCGCACCGUAAAGAGAAGAAGGAGAGAAAGAGAGAAAAGAAUGAGAAAACCAUUGAACAUCUAUAUCUACGUACCAAGCAAGUGUGCGAUGAAUCCGAACAACUUGAGAGGUCUUGUUUGACAGAAGAACAUGACAAGUAUCUGUCUGAUGGUAGCCAAGACAGUAAGAAGAGAAGAAGGGAAGCUUCUCCUGCCGUUGAGAGUAAUAUUAAAGCUACGCCUGUAACUGGUAAUCCUCUACGGAUACGUUUCGUCUUCAAGAAACCUAAAGAAUCUGAGGUUGUUGUCCCUCAAGUACCCCAAGAGGAGGAUCUUGUUUGCUCCACCUCAGGGGCUGAUCAACCCAGCAAAAUAUCAAGUUCUGUCUUAGGUCAUCAAGAGAAUCUGCUCUCCCCUUCUCUUGAGAGUGACAAGACUGCUGCUAUUCUUUCUGAAUCAAAGAAGAAAAAGAAACAUAAGGCAAGCAAGGAAUCACGGUACUGUUCACUGUUUGAUGAACCUGCUCCUCCCAGUUUUUCAAUGGAGGAAGACGGUAGCAACAGCGAUGAUGACUGGCUUUUUAGUGCAAGGCCGAAAGAGAAUAUUUCUACCAAGUCUAUUAUUAUGAAGGAAGACGUGGUCAUGGACUUGCAGAAGUCGGGGGAGUCCUGUUUUCCUAGCUCGCAGUUUCUGUCUGAAGUUGGAAUUUUUUCAUUGCCAUACACAGUCCUGUUUUAGGUAUCUUCGUAAUUGUUUUGUUCUUUUAUCAGCUUAGCCUUAGGCCUUUAACUUGUACAGUUCCACGAAUUGUAACAAACACAAAGAUCAAUAAUACUUAAUGAUUUCCCCA